AUGGAAGCGGAAGUCACGGGCGCACAGGAAGUCAUGCGCGACGAGACUUGGAAGUUCGCCAUCGAUUACAUCGACAAGAAGAAAGCCGCCAGUACAAGUGAAGCCGUAUCCAAUGGCAUCUGGAACGAAAUCCUUCGGAGAAACUUCCCCUAUCCAAAAUUCAUCAUCGCCCCGGAACAAAGACAGACCCCCACAGCUAAGCGCCCUGAUUUCACGAUAUUCUUCGUGGAUAAAAAGGAACGAGAAUGGCAUCCCGUCUUCACUUUUGAAGGCAAAGCUUCUUACUAUAUCAAUACGACAUCCAGAAUCGAAAAAGGGGAAGCCCAAGCCGCUGGUUACGUCCCAGGCCUAUCAUGGUCCAACCAAGAAGAAAUCGACAAACAGCGGAAAAUUACGUAUGGGAUGUUUGCUUGCGGCAAGAGCUUCACGAUAUUACAAUAUGACGUCGAUAAUAAAAAGAAUGGAUGUAUUCAUGAAAUCGUCUCUCGAUACUGA